CCCUGCAGUAUGGCACCACCUCCUACUCCUCCCUCCUCAGUGGGGCUUGUCUCUGUGGCACAGAUGGCCUUCAAUCAGCCCUCGGUCCCGGUUACUGCAGCUGCAGCCCAAGGGGCGGUCUCACCCCUGCAGCCGACCCCUGGGGGAGCCCUGGUGCCCCCACAGACCCCCCUAGCGGCUGCAGUCUUGCCUCUGCCUCCUGGGGCUCAUCCUCUACCUGGUUCUAUAUCUGCACCCACUCUGGUGACUCAACCCCCGCCGGCGCCGCCUGCCUCCCCUCUGCCGCCCCAAAUGAUGCCUACUCAGCCGCUGGUCGUUGUUGUACCCAUCAUCAGCGUAGCCAGCGCCUCCCCAGAGCCGCCAGGAGAUGCCCAGCCCCAGGUACCUGUGGUCAGCCAAACCCCCUUCGUCAUGUCCCCCCUGCCUGGUCGUAUAGAUGGAUGGAUGAUGGAGAGUAGUUCUUUGACCAUAGCUGGUUUGCCGUGUUUCGUUGAUGUAUGUUUUGGUAUUUAAAUUAGUCCUGAGUUGGUUGUGUGAAGUUGUGGAUGUGUAUAGUCAUAUAUUUUAUGGUUACAAGUAGCUAGAUGUGGAUGAAACAUUCUGGACAUGGGCCGACUCAUAUUUCUACUCUCACAUGCUUUUUAACGGUUUCUUUAGACCAAGUCUCAUAUUCUGCCUCUCGUUUAACCUCAAUACCUUCUGAAACCCUUCAUCUCCGAAGACCACAGUACUUUUGCACUGUCUUUAUUGUAAGAAGUUUCACACGGUUCUCUGACCCUUUGUUCUCCCGUGUGUUCCAGCCCUCUCAGACUGCUCCUCAACCUUCGUCAUUGGAACAGUCACAGUUACAACCACCACCAGUGCCCUCAUCCAUGGAGAGGUAAGAUACAUGUUUAAUACAUGUUUAACUGAUGGUAAAGAUAUACAAAUCGAGAUUUAUAAGAGAUGGGAAAGAUAUACCGGUACCGGAGUGCCAAGUCUAGGUCCAAAAGACUUCUUAACAGCUUCUACCCCCAAGCCAUAAGACUCCUGAACAGCUAAUCAUGGCUACCCAGACUAUUUGCAUUGUCCCCCCUCCCUCCCCCUCUUUUACGCUGCUGCUACUCUCUGUUUAUUAUCUAUGCAUAGUCACUUUAAUAACUCUACCCACAUGUACAUAUUACCUCAAUUACCUUGACUAACCGGUGCCCCCGCACAUUGUCUCUGUACUGGUACCCCCUGUAUAUAGCCAUUUGUUAUUUUAUUUUUUCUGCUGCUCUUUAAUUAUUUGUUGUUUUUUACUUAUCCAUUUUUUACUGAAGACUUAUUUUUCUUAAAACUGCAUUGUUGGUUAAGGGCUUGUAAGUAAGCAUUUCACUGUAAGACCUGUUGUAUUUGGCACAUUUGAUUUGAUUUAUUAUAUUAAGUGGAGAAUGUAAAAAUAAUGAAUUCCAAAUCAAUUAAGUUUCAAAGAUUAAAUGUUUUUACAAUUCCAAUUCAAAAAGUCGGGAGGGGGAGGGGGGUAGGGAGAGAGGGAGAGAACCACAACACAAUUAGACCCAACCAAAUCAUGACAAAAGACAAUUACUUCACACAUUGGAAAUAAUUAACAAAAAAACAGCGCAAACUAGAAUGCUAUUUGGCCCUAAACAGAGAGGCAGAAUACCUGACCACUGUGACUGACCCAAACUUAAGGAAAGCUUUCACUAUGUACAGACUCAGUGAGCCUUGCUAUUGAGAAAGGCCGAUUUGAUGAUUAGAGUCAUGGUUUUGGUUCUGCCUUUGGUCUGUCUCAUUUGGUUUUAUUAGAGGCUUGGUGCCUCGCUCUCAUUCUUCAGAUUAUGUGUGUGUGUCUCCCUCAGCGGUCACUCCGACGUGGCGUCCGGUCUGAGCGACGGAAAUGAUGGAGGCAGACAGGAGGGGCGCUCGAUCAAGCGACACCAGCGGCGCUCCGUACGGAGUCGCUCUCGCACCGACAAGAUUGGCAAAGCAAAGUUGAAUGUUCUAAAUGUAAGAGUCAGCCCAGGGGAAAUGAACCAAACCAAUAUAUACUACAUGAAACACCAUUUUUCAUUAGUGUGUUUAGCACCUGGAAUAAGCAUGUUAUUUUUGUAUAUAUCAUAGCUUUGAUUUACAUAACCUUUCAAUUGCCCUAGCCGUUGCAUGGUGCUCAGUGUUCUUGUCUCCAACCAGCUGAGAUAGUUUUUCAUUCAGUUCAAUAAGUUUUAUUUUCUUGGAAGGUGUUCUCCAAUAGGAGCAUAUAGCAUGUGAUUAAUGUCUGUCUCUGGUGUGUAACUCCCUGUACUGAUACCUACCUACUUGAGUUACCUCGCACAGCAUCAUUUAGGCCCUACUGAUUAGACAGACAGACACAGAGCCAUUCAAACAGGCCGUGUGAUUUCUGUCGAUAAAUCUGAAGAGCUGCUCUCUUUCAUCCUUUCAUCUCAUCCCCCUCUUAUUCUCACCUCUGUUCCUUCCUUUCUUUGUUCCAGAUAUCCAACAUGGGCGACAGGGUAGCUGAGUGCCAGUUGGAAACGCACAACAGAAAGAUGGUGACUUUUAAGUUCGAUCUGGACGGAGAUAACCCAGAGGAAAUAGCACAGAUUAUGUACUCCGACUUACUGCUCCUCUCUCUCUCAUCUCUCUUCUCUCUUCUCUCUCUCUCUUGCUCCUCUCGUACUCUCGUCUCUGUCUCUACUCUCUCUGUCUCUUCUCUCUUCUCGUCCUCUCGGUACUGGCUCCAUCUAUGUCUCGUCUCGCUCUGCUCUCUCUCCUCUUCUCCUUCUCUCUCUCUCGCUCUCCUCUCUUCUCUCUCUCCUCUCCUCCUCUGUGGCUCCUCUCCGGCGUCUUCUCUGUCUCUUCCUCGUCUCUCUCUCUCUCCUCUCUCUCGUCUCUCUCUCUCUGCCUCGUCUCUUCUGUCUCUUCUCUCUCUCUCUCUCUCUCUCCCCCUCUAUCUCUCUCUCUCAUUAUUGAGCCAUCUCCCCCCUCUGAUUGCAGUAGCCCAGAAUCCCAACAGUGUUGUGAUGUUCCCUGAUGAUAUUUGUCCCAGGCAUGUAGCUACUUGUCAAAAUGUCAUAGAGAAUAAUGAAAGGCCUUAUUUCAUCAGACUUUCCAGGUGUUUUUACUUUGAUUCAUCCAUUUUAGAAAUGAUGAAUCAAUCCAACCAUCAGUGAUUUACUCUACUGUUGCAAUCUUUUUGAGAGGCAAGCAUUGUGAUGCUGAGGAGAAUGAGGACUGCGAUUGAGAGGGCUGUUAUGGGUAACUGAAUUAUUUUCUGGUGUGUGACUACAGGUCACGAGUGUGUUUAUACUGGAGAGUGAGAGGGAGUCGUUCAUCGAGCAGGUCCGUGAGGUCAUCGAGAUGGCUGACGAGAAGGGUCUGGAGAAAGAUGGAAACAUCCAGGUAGAGGGCCGUCUCCAUUCAUUUUUCCUCAUGUUGUUGCUGCGAAAGACCAUCAUUCUUAAGCCAAUGUACCUGUUAAAGAAAGGUUAAAUAACUUCAUCAUGGAUCGUUGAAAUUGGUCGUUUUACUGUAUUAGACUCUGACUCCAUCUUGUGUCACAGAUUGUUUCCCAGAUAGUUAGUGACCUCCAGCAGCAACAGAUCCCUGCUAUAUCUGAACCGUUGCCAGGUAAAACAACCAACAAAAUGUCCACACAGGGAAUUGGUACCCUACCAAAAAAAUUACAGACAUGUUUUGCAUGAGAUUUUUCCAUCUGCAGGCCAAUUUGUUGUACCAUGAAUCGUAUAACCACACAAGAACUUUACCUCACUGAGAAACAUAAACGUAAUGAAUUCAAUAGAGGCGCCCAUUUUGUAUUAACCCUAUGUGUGACCCUACCAUCUCAGCAUCUCUCUUUUCUCUCUCGCUUUCUCCAGGUAUCCCUUCCAGUGCAGCCCAGGUGGUCCACUCUGCAGGCAGGAGGUUUAUAGUCAGCCCCGUGCCUGAGGCCAGACUCAGGGAUCAGUUCUUUGCUGAGGCUGCUGGCUCUGCACUACUGAGACAAGAUUCACAGUCCUCUAACAGUGAGUUUAGCGUGCUCACACACACGCACAGUGGCAGCCUACCAAUAAGUUAUCUUAUUAGUCCACAAGAUAAUGCAUUCAGCCAUGUUGAUGUUUCUGAAAACCGGGAUCAUCUGACUGAUGUAAAAUGUUGUUGUAUUGUAAAGUUAAUAUUAAAAACAUCACAUGUGUACGAAUGUCUCGUUGCUAUAUAAUAGUUGUUUCGUUACAGUGUCCUAUCUGUGGUGUAUGGCCUGUUUUUAAAGGUGGUGGCUAACAUCAGUGUUUUACUUAGUGAUGGGGUUUGGUGUUGACCCAUGUCUCUCUCUCUGUGUCUCUCUGUCUCUCUCUCUCUCUCUCUCUCUCUCUCUCCCCAUCUCUCCCUCUGUUUCUCUCCCCAUCUCUCCCUCUGUUUCUCCGUUCCCCUGCUGCCCGUGCUGUAGCUGCGGGUCAGGGUCUGUCCCAGUCGGCCUCAGCGGUUAGCCUGCAGCAGGCCUUCUCAGAGAUGAGACAGAACCAGGACCAUUACGACCCAGGGCCCAGCACCGCUCCUCCCUCCAUCCACAUAGCCUCCCUGCCUGCCCUGGGCCCUGCUGCAGCAGCAGCCACCUCCACCACUAUCCCAGUCUUCUCCACUGCUCCUAUAGCCUCUGCUCCUCUCCCAUGCUCAGGUCCCAUCUGAGGCCUCUGUGACCUCCCCUCCCCCCUCAGUCUCCAUCUCCCCUCCAGCCUCCAUCUCCACCUCUCCACCUGCAACCAUCCACCAGGCCACUGCCCCCAUCCCCACCCAGCUCCAGUCUGUUGCUCCCCAGCCCCAGGCUCUCCUUUCCCAGGCCCCUCUCUCCCUGCCGGUGACCCAACCCGUGGUCUCCUCCGUACCAAGUGUUACAGCCCCAAUCUCUGCCCCAGCUGCCUCUGUGUCCCCCCCAGCCCCUACUGUCCUCCCCAACACAACUACCCUGUCCACCUCAGCCUCUUUCCCCCAGACCUCUGCCCCAGGCUCCAUCCCUGGUGGUCCCACCACCUCCAUACCCAGUACAGUCCUUUGUCAUUCCGCCACGGCCCCCCUGGUCAGCAGCUGUAGCAGUGGUAGUGGAGGUGGAGGAAGCUCAGAGCAGCUCCCUGUCCCCUCCACUGCUGUCCCACAGCUCACCACUACCGUAGUCCUCACCACGGCUAUCCAAGGCCCCCUGCUAGCCCCCUCCAUUGCUAACCCCGGUACCCAGCUCCCUCCUUCCUCCACCCCUGUAGCACCUCUAGACCCUGGGGCCACUGUCUCUACCUUACAGCCCGUCACCGCCACCAUCCCCGUGGUCCAGCCCACCCUGGUGCCCAGCCAGACCCACGCCCAGUGUGGGGAGUGUGAGGCAGCCCUGGGCAUUGAUGACAUCCACACCCUGGAUAAGAAGCUUCGCUCCCUCUUCAUGGACCUGGGCGUCGGUGGAACCACCCAGGCCGAUGGCUCUGUCGACCCAGCCGGAGGCACUGGUGUCCCGGGUACUUCUUCCCCCACCGGCCCCUCAUCCACCCCCAGCUCCACAGGCACCCCCCUGCCCCCCUCCAGCCUCCCCCUGGCCUCGUCAGGGCCAGGGCAUGGCUCUGGGACCCCCCUCACCACCCAGGGACAGGCUGGGACCCCUUCCGCCUACACCCAGACUACCCCCGCCAAAGCACCUCUGUCUAGGUUACCGGUGAGUCAGUCAGCAUGGAUGUGGAUGCGAGCUUAUUAGAUAUGGCUUGAAGAGCACUGUUUAUAACAGAUACAGUAUGUUUAUAAACCAUUAAAGCUUUUUAUGACACCUUUAAGUAAGGUAAGUUUGUGUCAUUUUGUAUUUGUAAUCUUUUGGAGAAUUAUACAUAAUUAUUACAUAGUUGACAUACCCAGUUAUUACGUAAUUAUAACAUAUUGACAUGUGAUUGGGCCAACUCCACUUUCUAACAGCCUUUGUUAACCCCUCCAUCAACUGCUUUGUCUCCUAACAUUUGCUGUGCUUUAUGUUGCAUGCCAACAGCUCUAUUCUAUACUGUGGCCCUAGAUAUCAUGUAGCCUGACCACAUAGUUGUUAAAGCCCUCCACAGUAGUUAGGUGUAAUUUCUAGGGUUUUGUCAAACAGCUUAUAGAUGAGAUAUGUUAAUGGUUAAAAGCUUAUAGAUGAGAUAUGUUAAUGGUUAAAAGCUUAUAGAUGAGAUAUGUUAAUGGUUAACAGCUUAUAGAUGAGAUAUGUUAAUAGUUAAAAUUGCAAAUACAUAAAGUAAUACACGACUACACACGUCUGACAUUUUAUGUACUUAGCAAGUAGAUGUCUGACCUUGAUAACUGGUAGAUGUCUGACCUUGAGAACUGGUAGAUGUCUGACCUUGAUAAUAGCAAUUAGGCACCCUGGAGGUUUGUGGUAUAUGGCCAAUAUACCACGGCUAAGGGCUGUAUCCAGGCAUUCUGCGUUGCGUCGUGAGUAAGAACAGCCCUUAGGCUUGGUAUAUUGGCCAUAUACCACACCUCCUCGGGCCUUAUUGCCUAAGUAGACAAUCAACUAAGACUGUAGUGUUAAUGUCCAAAGUCCCAGUCAGUGUCAGAGAGCUGCAGGUAGAAUCCCCUGGCCGUCCAGCUGCAUGUGGCUGCAGUGCAUUAUGUUUUCCUGUCUCUCCUGGAUGAUAAAGGGCCUUCUCUCCGUUUCAUCCCUCUCUUCUUCCCUCUGUUUAUCAGGUGUUGCCUGUGGGCUCAGAUCAGGCUCAGGCCGGCACCCCUCCUCCCUCAGACCACAUGGCAUCCUUCCCAGGACCCUGUCUAACUCAGGUGCCUUUCCCUCUUUCUCCUGACUGCCAUAUUGAUCCAUCCAUCAUCCCUCUCUCUCUCUCUCUCUCUCUCUCUCUUCGCGUCUCUCUCUCUCUUCAGCCGGUCUCUCUCUCUCCUCGCUGUCUCUGUUCCUCUGUCUGUGUCUGUCUGUCUCGCUCUCAGCUCUCUGGCUGUCCGAAAUUUCUCGCAUCCCUCGCGUCUGUCUCUGUCUCUCGCUGUCCUGUCUGUCUUCUGUCUCACAUCUCUGCGGUCCUCUGUGUCUCUGUCCUCUCUCAGUCUCUCUCUCUCUCUCGCUGUCUCUCUCUCUCAUCUGUCUUGUCGUCUGUCUGUCUCGCUCUCCUCUGUCUGUCCCCUGUCUCCUCUCUCGCUGUCCUGUCUAUGUCUCCUUCGCGGUCUGUCCUGUCUGUCUGUCGCGCUCUGUGUCUCUGCGUCUCCCUGUCCUCUCUCUCAUCUUGUCUCUCGCCUCUCUGUCUCGCUGGCCUGGCCUCUCUUUCUGUCCGCUCUGUCUCUGUCUAUCGCGAGUUCUGUCUCCUCUGUCGUCGCUGUGCUCUCUCUUCUGUCCUUCGCUUUCGCGCUGUCCUGUCUCUGUCUCUCUCUGUCUCUGUCUCUGUCUCUCUGUCUGUCUCUCUGUCUGUCUCUCUCUCUCUCUGUCUCUCUCUCUCUCUCUCUCUCUCCUCUUCUCAUCUCUCCUCUCUCCCCCUCCUCUGUCUGUCUCUCUCUCUCUCUGUCUGUCUGUCUCUCUCUCUCUCUGUCUGUCUCUGUCUCUCAUCCCUCCACCUCCCUCCUCCCAUCUUUAUUUGUCUCCUGUGUAAAAACAAGCGAAGCAUGAGGAAGAUGGCUGCACUAUAAUCAGAUCAGGCUCAAUCUGUUCAGCGCAUGAAGAAGACAUCUCUGUCUCUGUUUCUCUCUGUGUUGGAGGAGCAGCAUGAUGACUCUCAUUAACGACAUCUGUACACCUGGGACCCAACACCGUCUGUCUGUUUCCGACUGUUUUUACCUGAGUCUACAUUUCUCUCCUCUCUCUUUCUGUUCGAAUCUGUCUUGUCUCUGCCUCUCUCUUUCUCCUGCUCCUCUAUCCCGCUCUCUCUCCUCCUGUCUCUCUCUCACCCCCCCUCUCUCCUCCUGUCUCUCUCUCACCCCCCCACUCUCUCACCCCCCCUCUCUCUCCUUCUCUCUCACUCUCACCCCCCCUCUGUCUCUCCUAUCAUCACCCCCCCUCUACGCCCUUCUGUCUCUCUCUUCACCCACCCUCUCUCCUUCUUCUCUCUCACCCCCUCUCAUCUUCUGUCUCUCCGACACAACAACAUCCCACCCCUCUCACCUACAAAAAAAAACAUCAACGGUCUCUCUCCUCUCCUUCUUCUGUCUCUCUCUCCGCCUCCUUUCUCUCCUCACCCCCCCCUCUCUCCUUCUGUCGCUCUCUCACCCCCCCACCCCCCCUGCUCCGUCUGUCUCUCUCUCUUCUCUUCUCCGCUCUCUCUCACCCCCCUCUCUCUCCUGUCUGUCUCUCUCACUCACUCCCACUCUCUCUCCUUCUCUGCUCUCCACCCCCCUCUCCCCGUUCUGUGUCUCUCUCUUCUCUCUCUCACCCCGCCGUCUCUCUCCUUCUGUUCCUCUCUCACCCCCUCUCGCUCUCUCCUUCUUGUCUCUCUCUCCCCCCCCUCUCUCCUUCUGUCUCUCUCACCCCCCCUCUCUCCUUCUGGCUCUCUCUCACCCCCUCUCUCUCCUUCUGUCUCUCCUCACACCCUCACCCACCCUCUCUCCUUCUUCUCUCCUCACCCCCCCCUUUCUCCUUCUUCCUUCUCUCACCCCCGCUCUCUCCUUCUGUCUCUCUCCCCCCUCUCUCUCCUUCUGUCGCUCCUCUCUCACCCCCCCUCCUCCCUUCUGUUCUCUCUCUCAUCCCCACCCCUCUCCCUCUCUCUCUCUCACCCCCCUCUCUCCUUCGUCUCUCUCUCUCCUUCUGGUCCUCUCUCUCUCCCCCCCCACCCCCCCUCUCUCCUUCUGUCCUCUCUCUCACCCCCCCUCUCUCCUUCUGUCGCUCUCAACCCCCCCCCCCUCGCUCUCUCGUCUCCUCACCCCCUCUCUCUCUCCUUCUGUCUCUCUCUCUCCACCUCUCUUUCUCAUCCCACCCCCCCCUCUCCCUUCGUCCUCUCUCUCGCACCGAACCCCCCCCUCUCUGCCUUCUGUCCGCUCUCGCUCCUUCCGGUCUCUCUCUCCUCACCCCCCUCUCUCCUUCUGUCUCCUCUCAACCACCUGCUCUUCGUCCUUCCUCUCUCUCGACCCCCCUCUCUCUCCUUCGUCUCUCUCUCACCCCCGCUCUCCUUCUGUCUCUCUGCCACCCCCCCUCCCUUCCCCCCCUCUCCUAUCUGUCUCUCCUCACCCCCCCUCUCCUCUUCGCUCUCUCUCCUUCCUCUCCUCCACCCCCCCCCUCCCGUCCUUCUGGGCUCUCUCUCUCCAACACCCCCUCUCUCUCCUUCUGUCUUCUCUCACCCCCCCCCCUCUCCUUCUGUCUCUAUCUCACACCCCCCUCGUCCUUCUGUCUCUCUCUUCGCAACUCUCCUUCUUCUUCCUCUCUCCAGCCCGCCCCCUCUCUCCUUCUCUCUCUCGCGCACCCCCCCUCCCCUUCGUCUCUCUCUCCCCUCCCUCUCGCUCCUUCUGUCUCCUCUCAUACCCCCCCCCUCUCUCCCUUCUGUCUCUCCUCUCUAUCUCAUACUCUACCACCCUCUUCUCUCCUUCUGUCUCUCUCGCUCACCCCCCUCUCUCUCUCCUUAUGUCUCUCUCUCACCUCACCCCCCCCCUCGCUCCUUCUGUCUCUCCUUCUCUCCCUCUCACCACUCUCCUCACCCCUCUCGGCUCCUCUGUCUCUCUCCUUCUCUCUCACCCCCCCUCUCUCUCCUCUCCUUCUGUCUCUCUCUCACCCCCCCCCCCCUCCUCUCUCUCUCUCUCUCUAUCUCUCAUCACCCCCUCUCUCUCCUUCUGUCUCUCUCUCUCACCCCCCCUCUCUCUCUCCUUCUGUCUCUCUCUCUCACCCCCCCCUCUCUCUCCUUCUGUUUCGCACUCGGUCUCUUUUUUUUUAGAUCAGCUUUAAUAUUGCAGAUAGAUUGUAACUUCCAUCAAUGUAAUUGUCUGCAUCACUUCCAAUCCCCAUAUGUUUUUUUUUCGCGCAAACAUAACAUGGAUAAAAGCGUCUGCUAAAUGGCAUAUUAUUAUUAUAUUAUAUCCUUUUUUACAAUAUAUUUCCCUUUAUUACUUUCCUCUUUCUGUCUUUCUCCUUCCUCUCUCUUUCUCCAGACAGACCGUUAGGGAGGAUGGGGGUAGUUGGAGCUGGGUGGAGAUAAAUAUGACUCAUCUUCAUUUGUCAAAGGGGUUUCUGUCAGUACAAUAUUUUAAUAGUUUUCUUCCACGAAGAAAGCGAAGAGUCGCCAAGCAAAAUAUUACAUCCAGACAGAGUUGUUCUCUCCCAUAUUAUGCCCCCAGCGCAUUCUUUCAUAAAAAAUAAAUCAACUAGGGAAUAAAAAGGAAAGACAGAGAAGACGGGCUCCCCCGGGCGACGGGUGGAGAUUACGGUUUCAUUUAUACCCAGUCAGGCAGUGUUGUCAACAGCGUGAAUCUAAAAAUAGAUCAAACCUAGCAAACCAGAGCAUUGUUCUUUGUAAGGCAGAGUGGUUCAUUAUUUGCUUUCAUCUGUAAGAAUUAUAUAUAAUUUACUACCUCUCCUAGCUUGUGUAAGUUUCCGUUCAAAGCUCGCUCUGGUCUGAGGUGAUUUGAUCUUGAGAAAGAGACUGGCUUUAAUGAUUCUUAUGUGAAAUUCUUUAAAGGAAAUUUCAAACAUUUUCAACUUCAUAUACAUCAUCUCCAGCAUCACCCCAACAUCAAUAUGUGUGAAAAUGGCACGUUUCUAUGUUUUGUAGAAAAAAAGAUAGUGGAAGAAAAGCAUUUCCAAUGACAUCAUCGGUGUUCAUCAUGUGAUUUUUACCAAUUAUGAGGAGGCAUUGCCAAUACAUUUAGUCUACUAAUUGGUUGAUGAUGUCACUGGAAACACUUACCUUCCUCUAUCUUUUUGACUACAAAAUAUAGAAACGUGCCAUUUUCACAUAUGUUGACGUUGGGGUGGUGCUGGAGAUGAUGAAUAUGAAGCUGAGAAAGGGUGAAAUGUCCCUUUUAAUAUAUAGAUUUUUAACUUCACCUGGAUACCUUGGCUUGAAGCCAGUGUUUGACUAAAUAAAACCCAAUCAAGGAUUAUACCUAAAUCUUUCAGUCUUUCAAAUGUAAUAUGGAAAAAUGAAAGCUAAACUUUUUCUGUGAUUCACAGAAAUAACUACAUUUUGCUAGAUGAAAUUCAACACUAAUUAAUGUCUAGAGACCAAUUAGUUUGAUGUGUUCUGAGGGUGGUGUGUGUCACCAUGUUAGGAUGUGUUGCUGUCUGUUUGACUAAUGUCUAUAAGGGGUUGUUGUUGCCCACUAGUCCCAGCAGCCUCUGGAAGACCUGGAUGCCCAGCUGAGGAGGGCCCUGAGCCCAGAGACUGUCUCUGUCAGCUGUGUCACCACACAGGUACCAUAGCCACACACACACGCCCCCUUCAGGCCCGGAGGAACGUAUUCCUUUUUGUUGUUGUUGAAAUGUUACAUUUAGUAUGUAAAAGCAGAUGAAUACUAUUUCUUCUAAUCUGUGUUUUGUAGUUGAAAUGAGUUAUUGUUAUUAUUCUGUGCUCUCUAAUACUGACAUUACUGUCGUGGUGCUAUGUGGAAUGUUUGUUGGUGUGACUCAAGACAUGACAGUCACAGUGUGUUCUCCCCCAUGUACCACAGUCCUCACUCACUGGGAUGCAUGCAGGUGGCCAGCCAGGUGUGUUACUUCAACAUCUAUCCUUACUCCAUUUUGAAAUGGUCAUGCUACCUGUUAGUGUGUUAUCCUUUCUUUUGGGAUGUUUUGCCGAUUUGUUGCAUUGUAACAUGAUGAUAUCUCAUUGGCCGUUUCAGUGCCUUUCCCGCUGGAAGGGGAAUCAAUCACGUUGCCUAUUGCUGGAGGAUUCCAACUGGGAGGAUCCCAGGUAUGGACUUCGAACUGUACCUUUCCAGCUCUAUUUACAUGAUUGGAAUAUUACAGCAGUGUCUGCCUGGUGGUCAGAGUCUGCAAUCUCUAUGUACUUCAUCUAUCUCUCGUCAGAAUAGUUUGAUAUGAUUGUAGUGAUAGUCCUUAUGGUUGAUCUGGGCCUUUAAAUUCUGUCUGUUUUCAUAAUCUCUGUCUCUCACUUCUCCCCCCAACCCCAGGUCUCUGUGGCUGCAGACGAGGGUCCCGUCCGUGCACACCCCCCCAGGAGCCCCACAACAUCCUCCACCUCCUCUUCCUCCUCCUCUCUCUCCAGCCCGGAGAACACACUGCACAAAGCCUCCUCCCCACUCCGCAGAGGUAAGACGGCUGGGGGAGAUGUGGUGGACGGCCUGCCCUCCCUCCCCCACCGGACCGCCUCCCCUCAGCCCACCACCAUCGGCCGCUUCCAGGUCACCACCAACACACCGGAGGCCAGGGUGGGCCGCUUCUCAGUGAGCCGAGCCCAGGAUGUGGCAGCCGAGGCUGGGUUGGAGCAGCCACCCGCUUCCCAGACUAACGGGCCUAGUACUGGUCCUGGCUCGGCCACCAUGCUCCUCAGCCCAGAGGACAAACAGAGCUCCCUGCCCAGCCUCAACAACUCCUUCAACUCCUACUUGAGCUCUGAUAACGACUCUGAGUUUGAGGACGAGGACUUGAAGAGGGAGGUCAACCGGUUACGAGAAAAGUAGGUUUACCCUGUUUCUCUCCUCUCUUCUGCUCGACUGACAUGUUCCUGUUUGCUGUUCCAAAAAUAACCCUUCUUGAAUCAGCACAUUUAAGGGCUUAUGGUUCCAUUCCUAAAACUCCAACAUGUCCACCUUCACCUGAAAUGUUCCUGUGUUAUUAUACUGAUGGGAUUUUGGGGCAGAUUUUAGGUUGAUGUGCUGUCCAUUCAUCUCCCUCUCAUCUCCUCUCCAGGCACAUGAAGGAGAUCCAGGCCCUGCACACCAAGCAGAAGGAUGAGAUUGACUCCCUGUUCACUAGGCUGGGCAAGGUACCGCCGGCCGUGGUGGUCCCUCCAGCUGUAGCCCUGGCCAGUCGCAGGAGACGACCCACCAAGAGCAAGAGCAGCAAGUCUAGCCGCUGCAGCUCCUCCCAGGGCAGCAAGAGCCCCCUGCAGCCAGGUACUACUAACCCCUGACCUCUGUCUGAACUGGUCGUAUCAGCAAGAGCCCCCUGAAACUUUUGACCUUAAAGUGUGUUAGAGCCAGAGACAGAAGAGGAAGCGAGACACCCCACUCCCUGUUUUUUUUCUGGUUCAAUUGAAGUCAAUGAAUUUAGUAGACCAGACCCAGCUGCUAUUGCAUUGGUGUCUAUGGGAGAUUAAAAAUAUAUAUUUUUACGGUAAACGGUCGGAGUGAACGAUCUUCAUUUAUACACCAUCUUUGUUAGAGCCCACUGUAGCCAGGUACUGACCUCUAAUCCCUGACCCUUGACCUCUAACCUGUGGUCCUCCUCAGUAGAGGGAACUGGCAGAGACAGUGUGUUAGAGUAGGGACUGUAACUGUACUGUACUCGCUUUCUCCUCUUCACAGGGCUACUUGUGGCAAACCAAUCUUCUCUUCUCUCCUUCCUUCACUUUUAAACCAUACAGUCAACUAGCUGUAUUGUUUAUGCUGUAACCCUGCACUGUGCAACCUAGCUAGCUACACUGUGGUUGUGUGACCUGCACCCUACCUACCUACACUGUGUGAGAGUCACUGUGUGCGUGUCUGCACUUUGAGGCUGUUCCCCUGACCUGUCCUCCUCCCUCCCCUGUUCUCCUCCUCUGUGUGUAUGGUGUCUGUGUGUGUCAACUUCAGGCAGCACUUUAUCUGCACAGAGCGCUCCCUCAGUGUACCCACCCCACCAGGCUCUCCUCCUGGCCCCUGGUCUGGCCCCUGGGGGCCUCCCCGACCUCCACCCUGCCUCAGGGAGCCGACCCCGGCCCCUCAAGCAUCUCGGCCCCUCCAGUGAGAACCUGUGCUCUGCCUACACCAGCGACGCUACGCUGUCCGUGCCCAGUCUCUGUGCCCCCACCCAAGGUAGGCCUCCGUACGGCGCCCUACUGCCUAGGCCUUGGCUCUCAUCCCUACGUCCCAUUCAUUCUUCCACCUGCCUC